GUGGGCUAACCCUAAAAUUGUUGACUUUCAAACAUUCUCCGAAUAUCGUUAUACAGCCUCGAAAAAUCGCUUCAAUAUCCACGAAAUAAUAAUGAAGUUAGAAAUUGCUUUGAGACCCAAGGAACCUGCCACAGCUGGCACCGAAGUUAAACUAAUAGCAAACUUUCUGGAGGUCUUGGAGUUCCAAUUUCCUAAUGUCGAAGUGCACAAAAUUGAAGUAAAACAACAAAGAAAGGAAGCCAAAAAGAAAGAGAAAGGAGAUGUCUUUAAUAAAAUGUUAAAGGACGGGAAAUUUGGACCGAAUUAUCCCGCAUAUGACGGUAACAUGGUUUACUCAAUAAAUAAACUUUGCAAAAAUGGAAGCCGGGAAUAUGAAAUUGCCCUCCAUUCGAAUGUUCCGGCAAAACGAUACAGCGCUCUUAUUGAAUGUGAUAAGACGUUUAGACUAAAACCGAUGCAAGAAUACAUCAAGGAGAAUUCAACUCAGCGUUGGGAUGAAACAAUUCAAAGCUCAUUGCGAGUACUUAAUUCGUUCCUUAAUACCAAAGUCCACGCUGAAUAUCAAACUUUCAAUAAAGCGAUAUUCCCGCCUCUCAAAAACCAAUAUUUUUUACCUGGUGGAAUUAAGCUUUCAAAGGGAUUCUGUCAGAAAAUUCGUCCGGGAUGGGGUCGUUUGUUUGUUAAUGUCGAUAUAUACGCAGCAACAUUCUAUCCGGAUAUGCCGAUGAUCGAUAUUCUUCCUAAGAUUCUCGCGCGUAAUUGUCCAGAAAAAAGUAAAGACGAUUUGCGAAGAGGGCUCUCCGAGGACGAAAUCAAGUUUUUGUAUAAAUACCUUAGGGACGUGAGGAUUACGACGACUUAUCGCACCCAACCUAAUAAAGAGCAUAAAGUUGUGUCCAUCUCAUCUCGUUCUGCCGAUGAGCAAUUUUACAAGAUUAAUGGAAGAAAAAUGAAUAUUACCGAGUAUUACCAGGAAUGGAAUAUGAAUUUACAGUAUCCCAAACUUCCGUGUAUUGUAAUAAAAGAAAAAAAUCCAGAAGAUACUCAUAUUCCAUUAGAAUUUUGCGCCAUAGUUAAGGGUCAAAAAUAUCCUAUCGAUAGGCUUAACAAGUUUCAACACCAAAAUAUGAUCGAACAGACUGCGAUCACGCCAGAAAAUCGUUUCAAAGCGAUUAAUCACGCCGUUGAAAAGUAUUUUAAACACAAUAGCGAUCCUGUUCUACAAUCUAUUGGGAUGAAAGUUAGCCCUACAUUUGCUGAAGUACCUGCAAGAACACUAGAGCCACCAAAAACUCUAGACUCCAACAAAUUCUUUAGGCCCGCGCAAUUAUACAAUUGGUCCGUGUGUGUGUUUGAUAAUGAAGUUCCUGAACAAGCCGUUGAUAUUCGUAUGAAAAUAUUAAUUGAGAUACUAACAGAAAAGGGCAUGAAAGUGACUAACCCACCAAAAAUUACUCGUGCUAAUCCCCAAGGAGAUUUUAAUUCCAUCCUUAUAGGAGCUUGCAAGGAUGCAAGAGUCGAUGCCACCAAAUCACCUCAAUUAAUUGUUUGUAUUAUUCCACCCAAGAUAAAUGGCAGUACCUUAUACCCGGAGAUAAAAAAAUUUUGCAGCACAAAAUUGGGAGUCACGACUCAAGCGAUCAAUGGAAACAAUAUGAAGGACAAAACCAAGUGGAGGCAAGUUUGCUAUAAUCUUGCUCGCAAGAUAAAUACAAAAGUGGGAGGAGUAAACAAUAAAUUGGUCGGCGAUGAACUCAACUUCAAGUCAAAGAAGUACAUUGUUUUUGGUGCCGACGUCUUUCACCCUGGCAACGAAGAUAAGAAAAAGGGACAUCCAAGUGUUGCAGCUAUAUGUGCCUCAAUGAAUAAGGAUGUCACCAAAUAUUUAGCGAGAUACUGCAUAAACAAGAAAUUGAAAAAUGAAAUGAUCGAAAAACUUAAUGACAUGGUGAUCGAUCUGAUUAUGCAAUAUAGAAAGUCAAACAACUUUUUUCCGGAUCAUAUCCUCUUCUAUCGAGAUGGUGUUGCAGAAGGUCAAUUUAAAAACGUAAUGGAAGAGGAACUACAGCCCUUGUACAAUGAACUUGAAAAGGUCUAUAGGAGUCAUAAUCUUGAGGCUCCAAAGUUAACAUAUGUUAUUGUGCAAAAACGACAUCAUGCUAGCGAAACAAGUGACGCCGAUCAGACUGGAAACUGUAAGCCUGGAACAGUUGUUGACUCUGUCAUCGUUGUGCCACAACACUUUACCUUCUUUUUACAAUCGCAUGCUGCUUUGCAUGGAACGGCCAGACCGGCCUACUAUCAUGUAAUUUUAAAUGGUGGAGAAUUCACGGCCGACGAGAUUCAAGAUUUGACAAACAAGUUGUGCUAUUUAUCCGCCAGAUGUGAUACACCUAUUUCUCUUGUCACGCCCGUACACUACGCUCAUAAUAUUGCAAAUCUUGUCAAACAUUUUGUCACCUACGAGGAACAACUACCACCAAAACAACAAAAAUUUGGACGCAGGAAAAAUACAAAUGGUCCUGUUUUUCCUGAAUAUGCUAAAAAUGCUGAUUGUCCGGCCGCGGAAUCAAAAAUUGAAAAUCAAAUGCAUUUCGUUUGA